AUGGGCCUGUACCGUUUAGAACACCACACCGCUGGAGCAACGGGAGUUGUCGCGCACGGGACGGGAGUCGUCCACACAGGAGAGGCAGUUGCCGCACAAGAGAUGGGAGUCGUUGCGCUCAGGACGUACUUCAUUGCCAAGCUACGGACGGGAGUUGUUGCCGCUGCCCCCGCCUCCGGACUUACUUUGGCCCCGGGAGUCGUUGUGCAAAACACAGGAGUUGUUGCAGAAAAGAAGGCAGUCCUUGUGAAAACUACGGGAGUCAUUGAAUCCUGGACCACAGUCGUCAACCCCCCUGACCGGGCAGAGCUUGAUCCAAGCCUCUUGGCCCCCGUAGGAGUCAUCAUCCCUGGCACCAAUUCCAAAAACAAACUUUUCUCCAGAACACCAGCCACCAUUGCCACCCCCGCCGUCAAACCCAAGGAAACAAUCCGCCCCGUCACCGGACCCCCUGAAAGACUACCACCCCCCUGUCAAACCCAAGGCAACGGCAACAAGCUACUUGCAAGCCAAGCCAAUAAUAACACUGGCAACAACGCUGAGGAGGACAAGCCCGAGUCAGAUCUAGAAGAGAAGACAACUACAACAAAGAAGAACCCAACCAUUCCCCCAACACCAGCGCGAGAACCACACACAGACAUUCCCACUCCUCCGGCGGCCACUUACUCCAAACCAUUGAUCCUUGAGCACUCCAUCAAAACCUUUGCUUGGGAAAAUGGUUUUGUCAUAGUCAGGAAGAGGACUGUUCCCGGGAAGAGUAUCACUUUCAAAUGUGACAGGGCCCAGAUCCAGAUGAAGGCUGGGGAGGAAUGGAAUUUUACUGAGCUCUAUGAGCAAAUGAAGAAACUAGGUGAUGCGGGAUUAAAACCGGCUCAGAUUCUUCAAUUACUCAAGAAGACACAUCCCAAUCAGUCAAUCUUGGCCACCAUUUUUACUGUGUAUUCCGCCAGAAAGAAGGCUCGGGCAGAAGAUUUACGUGGACUCAGCCCUAUUGUUCAUCUUAAUAGAACCCUCACAACGGAUUUCACCUCAGCAACCAUGGUAAACAAUUCUGGCAAGAUUCUAGGUCUUUUCUUCUGUCACAACCACUCUAUUCACCUCCUCUGUCAUUUCAACUACGCCUUAUUCCUCAAUUGCACAUACAAGACAAAUAAGUAUUGCAUGCCCCUGCUCCACAUUGCCGGCGUCACUGGAUCUAACAAGUCCUUCAGUGUUGCCUUUGCUUUCCUUCACAAAGAAACCAAGGAAUACUACGAAUGGGCUCUUCAAUCUCUGCUCAACGUGUUCACUAUCAAGGAUCAAGGCUCUUUAAAAUGA